AUGGCAAAAAGACUACUAGAACAAGAGCAAGAUCAAAUCGAUAGAGAAAGAAGAGAAGAAGCAUAUAGAAAUGAACAAGCAGUAAAGAAUAUGAUAAAUGAAGAUAAAAAAAUUAUUGAAAGAGAAUUGGAAAUGAAAACAUAUCAAUGCUUUAUUUGUUUUGAUGAACAUCCAAUCGAAAAAAUCUAUACAUUGGAUGAAUGCUUCCACAGAUUCUGUAAUGGAUGUUUAGAACAACAUUUUUCAACUCAAAUAUUUAAUGGAGGUGUCAAAAACAUUCGUUGUCCAGAUCCAGACUGUGGCCGUUUAGUUAGUUACCAUGAAGUUAAACAUAAUGUAGACACAUCUACCCUAUCAAAAUAUGAAGAGUUUUUAUUACAAAUUUCAUUAUCAGAAGAUCCAAACUUUAGAACCUGUCCAAGAUCAAAUUGCAAUACUGCAUUAAUUGGUGAUCCCGAUGCACCAAUGAUUGUUUGUCCAAAAGAGUCUUGUAAAUUUGCCUACUGUUUCAAUUGUAAAGAUGCUUGGCAUUCUGAUAUCACCUGCGAACAAUAUAAAAGAUGGAAGGAAGAGAAUGAUCAAGCUGAAAGAAAAUUCCAAGAAUGGUCAAGAGCUAAUACCAAGCCAUGUCCAAAAUGUAAUUCAAAAAUUGAAAAAAAUGGUGGUUGCAAUCAUAUGACAUGUAAAAGAUGUUCACAUGAAUUUUGUUGGUUAUGUUUGGAAAUAUAUAAUAAACAACAUUAUAGUUCCUCAAAAUGUAAACAAUUUUCUUAA